AUGAAUUUGAAGUGGUUAUUUCUAAUUUUUAUCUACAAAAGCUAUGUUGAGUCUACAGAAAAGCUUUCUAAAACUCAAGAAGACGAUUUAUUUGAAGUGUACUUGGAAAUGUUUAAUAUUUCAUUUGAUAGUCAUCAUCGACAGAUAUUUUCUUAUUCGUUGUCAGACGAUUCUCUAACUUCUAAGAAAAAUGCAAAAAAGUAUUUUCUUCAAACAUUUUAUUCAAUUGAGAAACACAAUCGAAGAUUUCAAAAUGGAAAAGAGACAUUCCGUCAAGCAAUCCAUCAAUUCGCACAUUUUUCACGAAAAGAGUUUUUGAAAUAUCGUACAGGAUUAGCAAAACCUUCAAAUGUUUUUAAUUCAUUAUCAAAUAAUAAUGCUACAAUAACAAAUAUGUCUAAAUCUAUGCGACUUACAUAUCCUGAAUAUUUUAACUGGGUAGAUCGAGGUAUCGUAAGACCUGUUAGAAAUCAGGGAUUGUGUGGUGCAUGUUAUGCUUUUGCAGCAUUAGCAGCAGUUGAAGGACAAAUGGGAUUACAAGGAAACAAUGCAAAGCUUUCAGAACAGGAAGUCAUAGACUGUGCAACACAUGAAAUUGAAUUUGAACGCAUUUUUCUUGGUUGUAAAGGAGGUGACGACACGGCAGUUUAUAAUUUUGCCAAAAUGCAUAAAGGUGUGACAUCUGAAUAUGCAUAUCCUUAUCAAAUGAGGGUAAACAGAUGUAAUACUAAUCGAUCUAAAGUUCAUGGAUCAACAGUAAGAAGCUAUGUAAAAUUACCAGUUAAUGAAGAAUAUAUAAAAGAAGUUUUAUUUUUACAUGGACCUCUUUAUGCUUCAUUUCAUGCAUCAGAUGCUUUCACGGCUUAUUCAAAUGGAAUUUUUACAGAUCCAAAUGGAGACUGUUAUGGUGAAAAAAGUAACCACGCUGCUUUAUUAGUUGGAUGGGGUAGCGAACAUGGUCUUGAUUAUUGGAUAUUGAAAAAUAGUUAUGAUACUUGGUGGGGAGAAGGUGGAUAUUUUCGUAUAGCAAGAGGAUACAAUCUUUGUAACAUUGCAAGCGAUGUUUCAUAUCCAAUUAUCAAUUAGACACAAUUUUUAAAAAACAUAAAACAAAAAUUAAAAAUUUAUAUUAAGUAUUGUAUCAGGUAGAAAACCAAAAAAUACAUACAUUCACACCGUACCAUUGCAAGUUUUGUUACUAUGAUUUUUGACAAAUUUAAGUCAUUUGCAGACGAAGAAGUCUUGAAGUAUCUUGUAUGGAGUGUAAUCAACUUUCGUUAACCAAUUUUUUGUCAUUUCUUGUAAACAAAAUUUUUGAUAUAUUAUUUUGAAUUAAGUUAACUUAAAUAACUUAUUGAUUUUUAUAAUGCAAAAAUUGGGUUUAUUUUUAGUGCUUAAUUUUUUUUUUUAAAAUGAAUAUUUUUUUUGGAAUUUGUUGAAGAAGCUGGCAUGAAAUAUAUUCAAAAAAUUACAAUUUUUUGUUAAUUUUUAUUUAAAAAUCUUGAAAUCUAAAAUUUUAGCUGAGAGUUUUUAAAUAGAAAAUGAACUCAAGGGAUUGGAACUCCCAAAAACUUGCAAGUUUUGUAAAACCACAAGUUUCCCUAAAUUUAUGAAAAAUAAAUAUUAACAUUUUUUAAAAAAUUUCGUACUUUAGAGAAAUUUCAAAAUGACUACAUGUAGAAUAGAUCUAAAAUUUCGAGAGAUGAAGGAAAGAUAGUGUUUUUUUUCCUGAAUCACAUUUCAUUCAUUAAAAAAGUUUUGACUUAAUCAAUCAAUAAUGAUGCAGAAAUAUUAUACAGAACCAGAAAAUGCCAGAAAGCUUCUAAAUAUUUUUCCAUUUUAGUUUGAUGCCUUUUACAUACAUCAAUGAGUUUAACUCAAGAAAUUGAAUUUUUAUAAUUUUUUUUUAAAUUAUUUUAAAAAAUUUGUAAAACUUGCAAAACUUGUGAAUCUUGUGGAACUACA